CUCUCCCAACAUCCUAGAUUCCUAAGCAUAAUCAAUCCAUGAAUCAUCUCAAAACCAAAUCUACAUUAUUUUCCCAGAUUCCUACUUCCUUCUUUCCUCAUUCAUGAUUCCCCUUUAAAUCACAUUAAAGAUUUAAAGAUUCCCACGUUUUGCUCCGCCAUGCCGCCACCGCAUUCCGCUGCCACCCUCUCCCUAAUAUUUCUCAUCGCCGCCGCCGCCCCGCUAGCCCACGGUUGCUCGCCGCCGUCCUCCGCCGUCAACGCCACCUCAUGCCCGCCCUUCACCGCCGCUCCCCCUCCUUACCCCUUCUCCGCCUCGCCCGGCUGCGGCCACCCGUCAUUCCAAAUCCACUGCUCCUCCCCUCGCCCCGCUCUCAUCUCCAUUAACAAUCUCUCCUUCUCUCUUCGCCACUACGACCCGGCCUCCGCCUCCCUGCUCCUCUCCCCUAUCUACCCGUCUCGCAAGACCUGCUCCUCCGGGUCGGUUCCCGAGCGGCCCAUUUCGCUCUCCGGGUCGCCCUUCCGGGUCUCCGACUCGGCCUGCGCCCGCUUAACGGCCCUCCGCCCUUGCCGGGCCGUUAGUCUCCCUAACUGCAGUUACUGCCCGUGGGAGUGUAAGCUUACUAAGAACCCAGCUCGGCUCCUCCGCGAGUGUGGAUCCACGCGUCCGGAUUCUCAGCAGGGCUGCCAUGACGAUAUCCUCGGAUUCCUCGAUGGGUUCCUGAAAAUGGGGGUUGAGGUUGAGUGGGACCAAGAUGAAGACCGAGACCCUUAUUUUUCCGGCUGUAAAUCUUGUAGAGCUAAGAAUGGCGUUUGUGGGUUUAAUUCAUCACAUCCGUUGAAACCUUUUCUGUGUUUCCCAUCUCUCUCGCUAUCGCCUCCAUUGAUUAAGGAAACAAGCCCUAAUCGAAUCGCAAUGCUGAGCUUAGUGUUCCUUUUCAUGUGUUUUCUCAUCGUUUUCUCCGUCGGAGCUGUGAUUUUCCGGGCGAGAAACAAAGCCCUAGAUUCCUCUUCCGAAGAUCCCACCGUCGUUUACCUCCGCCGCCACCGCUCCGCCACUCAUCUCCCGCCGGAAUUCACCUACGAAGAGCUCGAAUCCUCCACCAAUCGCUUCGAUCCGAAACGCAAGAUCGGAGAUGGCGGCUUCGGCUCGGUCUACUUGGGGCAGCUCCACGAUGGCCGAAUCGUGGCCGUUAAACAUCUCCACAAGCAUCAAGGGGCGAAAGGCUUUUCCACCAAAUCUUUCUGCAAUGAGAUUCUCAUUUUGUCCUCUAUUACUCAUCCGAAUUUAGUGAAGCUCCAUGGGUUUUGCAGUGACCCGAGGGGGCUUCUUUUGGUGUUCGAUUAUGUCCCCAAUGGAACCCUAGCGGAUCAUCUUCACGGGACCAAGAAUUUGUUCAGGAAAGGGUCGUUAUCGUGGAGUCUUAGAGUGGAUAUUGCAAUGCAGAUAGCUAUGACUAUGGAGUACCUCCAUUUUUGUGUGGUUCCGCCUGUGGUUCAUAGGGAUAUCACUACCUCGAAUAUUUUUGUGGAGAAAGAUAUGAGGGUGAAAGUUGGGGAUUUCGGGCUAUCCCGGCUGUUGGUUUGCUCGGAUCCCGGGGUUCAAUCCGGGCAUUCGUCCGGGGAGGUUUGGACCGGUCCUCAGGGGACUCCGGGCUACUUGGAUCCGGAUUACUACAGGUCGUUCCGGCUGAAUGAGAAGAGCGAUGUGUAUAGCUUCGGGGUAGUUUUGUUGGAGCUGAUAACGGGGAUGAAAGCUGUGGAUCAGACGAGGGAGAAGAGCGAGAUGACAUUGGCUGAUAUGGUGGUGCCCAAGAUUCAAAUGGGGGCGUUGCACCAGGUGCUGGACCCGGUCCUGGUGGUUGACGGGGAGGCCAAGGAAGGCGUUGGCGCUGUGGCCGAGCUUGCGUUCCGGUGUGUGGCUGCGGACAAGGAUGAUCGGCCCGACGCUAGGGAGGUGGCAGCCGAGCUACGGCGGAUCAGGAGCCGUGCCCGGGGGAGUGGCGUUUUGAGGACUUCCAAUUCCAGCAAUGCUGUGGUUCCUGAUGGAGCUGGGCUAAUAAUUGACUGAGAGUGAAAAUUUGCAUCUAUUAGUCUUUGUCUGAUCGGUCAAGGUCUCCUACUGACCCUCAGUUCUCGGUGAGAUUCAAACUCUCACACUGUGACUAGAGCAGGUCAAGGUCUCCCCGGUUUCCAAUGGGAUUUGAACCCCAUACAAUGACUGAAGCAAGGCUUUAGAGUGAUCGAUCAAACUACUGAAGCAAGGCUUUAGAGUGAUCGAUCAAACUAAUUAAGCUAGCACUGUAAGGUGUUGCAUAUGUUUCUUUGCACUGUGAUAGAAUGUAAAUACGUAAAUUCUUGGUUUCCUUGAACUACUUUCAUUUCAUGCAUAAUUGCAAAUGGUCUAUUCUGCAAAAACAAUAAGACACAAAAUCUAUCAACCAAACAUUGAUCUA